GAACGACAAGACAAGACAAUAAUGGCGGACGUUUUAUAAAGUGACGCAAGCUAACGUUCUACGGCAUGCGUUUAUUUAAUUUUUCGCCACUUAAAGUUGUUGAUAAAUUACUAUUGCUGUCAAUAAACACAUGACCAAUUAGGGGAGUACGCAUUAUUAUAAUAAGCAAUGGCUCGCGAGUUUGAUCACCUCUUUAAACUGCUGAUUAUCGGUGACAGUGGUGUGGGUAAGAGCUGUCUCCUAUUGCGGUUUGCCGAUAACACGUUCUCCGGUAGUUACAUUACGACUAUAGGUGUUGAUUUCAAAAUAAGAACUUUAGAGAUAAACGGUGAACGAGUUAAACUGCAAAUAUGGGAUACAGCGGGUCAAGAGAGGUUUCGAACAAUAACAAGCACCUAUUACAGAGGUACUCACGGUGUCAUCGUCGUGUACGAUGUCACUAACGGGGAGUCCUUUGCCAAUGUCAAGAGGUGGCUGCAUGAGAUUGAACAGAACUGCGAUGUCGUCAACAAGGUUUUAGUUGGCAACAAGAAUGACUGCCCUUCUCGAAAAGUAGUGGUCACGGAGGAUGCACAGAGAUUUGCCAAUCAAAUGAAUAUACCUUUGUUUGAGACUAGUGCAAAGGAGAACAUCAAUGUUGAAGAAAUGUUUCUUACUAUCACAAAAAUGGUUUUACGAUCUAAAUUGGAAAUGAAAGAGAGACAGAAUGUAACGGCAAAUGACACAGUACAUCUAAAGAGGAGCCACAAAACAAAGAAGAAAUGUUGCUAGUGACUACACACUAUGGCGCUAAGCCAGGGGUGUCGCUUAUACAAUGCUCAAACAUUGAGAGAUAGUUGCACAACCCUAGCAGGACUAUGGGACCUCGGCCAUAUAAAGUUUACCAUUGAAAUAGAACCUUCCUCCGUUGGUGUAAACUACAGUAUUUUGACAUCAACAUCAUAUACAGUUAGUUUUAUGGAACUAUUUUAGUGGAUUUUUGUACCUUGAUGUGUAAGUCAAUCUCUAUUGAAUAUUAUCAUGGCAGUGUUACUAUUUUGAAGGUUAUCACUGUUGUUAGUAAUUGUUUAUCAUACCCCAUUUUGUUUACACCACAGUCUGAGCUGGGUUGAACGAUCUCAUUUUAAUGAGCAUUAUGAAUAAUUUACUCCAAAAAUUACAUUAGGAUAUUAUGAAUGCUUAGUUAAUGUGUAUAAUUGUACUCUCAUAAUCAAAAUUUAUGUGACUGAGUGCUAAUGUGUGAUAUGUGAAGUCAAUAGAUAUGGAUGUGUAACAAUAAUUUAAAGAAUAUUAUUUUACCGGUGAAUUUGUCUUGCAUCAGGUCAUCACAUUGACAGUCCUAGUAUUAAAAGUUCUAUGUAUUUAAAUUAAAGUAUUAUGUUUUAUUAUUUAUCCUAUGAAUUUCUAACACAACUGCCUUAUGUGUAACCUCUCAUUUAAAUGUUUCUAAUUUAACUAUUGUUAGAUCCAGUGAGUAAUUUAUGAAGUGAGAUCAUAUUUAUAUUUUUUUAAAUUAAAAUUGGCAAAGUAUACUCUUAAUAUUUAUCAAAAUACUUUCAUUGAUACUUCAGCUUUCUUUAUUAUAACAAAAAAUGUUAGCAACAUUUUACAACCACUGUUGUAAUUGGAAUGAUUUCAAUGUUUUUUAAGUUUCUUCUUAAAGUAUCUCUUUUGCACAUAUUAAUUAAAAAAAUAGAUUAAAUUUAUAAUAAUUAAAAAAAAAGCUCAAACUUAUACAGUUCAUGAUUUUUUUUUUACAUAUAUAUAAAUGAAACUUAAUGUCAAACAACAGAAAUGGCCUAAUUACUUUAUUUAACUUAUAAAUACAAAUAUGUUCAAAUUUAUUUCAUUUCAUUACAAUUAUAAUAAGACAUUAAUAUUAUCAAGCAAGACUUUUCAAGCAAAGCUUUUAAGAUUUUUUUUUUUUAUUAUUAUAUCGUUUCUAUCAAGUUUUACAGCAACAAAUAAUGAAAUUUUACACUGCUAUGUUAACACUCAAUUAAGGUUUUUUACUGGACCAUAGUGCAAAACAAAUUUUUGGGAUCAUAAAUAAUGUAUGCAUCAGGAAUACAGCGAGUAGUAUUAAAAAAGUUAAAACAUUAUUUUGUAGUAUAAAAUUAACCAAUACCAAACAUUGUGUAAAUAUCAGUAAAACUAUUUUAGAUUUCUUAUAGAUUUAUUUAGAUUUGAAAUCUACUUGAAAUGCUUAACUUAUCACCGAGAAUGUAUGAAAUAGUAAAUUUAGUUUUAUUAAUCAUUCUGUACGAUUUUGUACUAUGUUAUUAGGCUGGCAAAAGACAACUUAUUUAAUACUCUAUUGACUAAAUACGAAAUGUAAGUUUCAAUUUGUCUUUUAUAAUAGAAAAGAGCUUUGAAGUAUAUUGUAAGCUGCCAGUCUAAUAGUACACAGCAUUUUGCUUUAUUUGAAUUGGUACUUGUAUUAUUUUUAAGUUAUGUAUAUGUUCAUACCAGCAUUUUAAAGUGUAAAUAGAUAUAUUUUGCCCAUAAUUAA